CAAAUUUCAAUCUCCAUUUUGUAAACUUUAUCCAUGGUUGGCUAAAACGUCAAAAUUGGCAGAAUAAACAAACUUUGUUAAUACGCUACGCUCAACAACAUCUAGCAACAAAACAGGGAAAUGGCACAAAAUAUAAGUCCCGAACACAGUGGCCUCUCAGGAUCUCAGGGUGUUAAACAUAAUGAUGAUUCAGUGCCUAUAAAAGAUAAUCAUGCCGUUAGUAAAAGACUACAGAAGGAAUUGAUGAGUCUUAUGAUGACCACCGAAAAGGGUAUCUCAGCAUUUCCCGACGGCGAAAAUAUAUUCAAAUGGAUCGGUACUAUUGCUGGGCCUGUAAACACUGUGUAUGCUCAACAAAAGUACCGUUUGUCUUUGGAGUUUCCCAAUUCGUACCCAUACGCGCCUCCUGUAGUCAAAUUUCUUACGCCAUGCUUUCAUCCGAACGUAGACCUGCAGGGUGCAAUAUGCUUGGAUAUUUUAAAAGAUAAAUGGUCAGCGUUGUAUGACGUUCGCACCAUUUUAUUGUCCAUUCAAUCGUUAUUGGGUGAGCCCAACAACGACAGUCCAUUGAACGCACAGGCCGCCAUGAUGUGGGCUGACCAAAAAGAGUACAAAAAAUACCUCGAUGCUUUUUACGAGAAACAUCAAGACACAUAAAUUGUAAAGCACGUUUAGAUCGUAUCUCAUCCAUCUCUUUCAUUACUGCUAAUAGAUCCUUACCGUUUAGUAUAAUGUGUGUAUGUGUAAAUCAAUCAUCAAUCUAUAUUUAUUCAAAAUUGUCAAUCAUUACAUUUUAUAUCAUUUCUAUCCGUUUUCAACAUUGUAACAUUUUAGUUUUCUUUAAUAUGAUGGAGGUGAACAUAGUAUUGGAUGUUGAAAGUAAAUUUAUUCUAAAUUGUCCAGUUUGUCAUUGCAUUAAUUAUUUACCUACGUAACAAAAUGAAAAUAAUAAUAUGAAGCAUUAUCAACAAAAUGUAUAAUUUAAGUUUAUGUUAAA